AUGGCAUCCCUACCGGCUUGCGCAAGACCAGUCGGAGUCCGAAUAUCACUUUUCUCAUAUGGUCAUGCCAACGGCCCAAUUGUGCAACAACAGCAGCAUAACGAGGCACGAUAUCACAAAACUCUGGCUUACAACAUUCGACACUUGCCCAAUCCACCACGCCAACUUCGAGUUAAUGCAACCGGCAUGUCUCGCAGACUUCAGAAGGAGUUCCUUCAGAACGAUAAUGUUGAGGCAUUCCUGGAAAAGGUCCGAGGGGAGAUUUGCAACGCAGUCAAUGAAGAAUGUGGACAAUCUUUAAAUUUCAUUGAGGAGCAGGAUCAGAGUAAACGAGGAGGAUCCGAGGAAACUGAUCAGCACUCUGUUUUGAAUGCCCAUAAUUCAAGCGAACUGAUUGCAGAUAUCGAUAUAGUUGUGACAAUAUGCUGUGAAGAGGGUCGUCAUCGAAGUGUUGCAUUUGUCGAGGAGCUAGCCCGACGACUUGCUGUGCUCGGAGAUGGGGAAGAUGGCCUUUCUCCAUACUGGCAGCCGACUAUUAACGUUAUACAUCGUGAUAUCGGGGGUGAAGAAGAAUGCGAGCAGGCUUUGGGUCAGAAUAAGCGCUCCAACAAGGGCCAAGCAAAAAUUAGGCAGAGAGAACGACGCGAAAAAGGAAAUAGGUAUACAUUGCAGCUUGGAGAUGAUGGAUGA